AUGGCAUUUUCCCUACUUGGCUCUACGCCACUACGGAAAAAGAAAAGUUGGCUAAUCUUAUUGAAGGUUGUGUGUUUGAUCGCCAUUUUUUUCCUCGUGUACUCUGCUUUACGUGACAAUCUUCGUUCCAAAAAGCAGGCGUACAUUUACGGAAACCCACUCUCUCUAUGUAAUACCGGAUACUCUAGCAACUUAGAGUACAUUUUAGCGUUGCGUAAACCAGGGCUGAUUUUGGACGUGGGCUCAUUUGAUGGUGGAGAUGCAGUCAGAUAUGCACGCAGCGGUGGGCAUCGUGUGCUCACGUUUGAACCGGUUCCUUCUAAGGCGAGUGCUAUCAUAGAGAAAAUACAAAAUAGUGGACUUGGUCACCUCAUAGAAUUUUUUCCAGUUGCACUUUCAAACUAUACUGGGACAGCAGACUUUUAUGUAUCAAAAACUAAAUUAGGAAAAAAGAAAAUGAAAGUAUCUGGGACAGAACAGGACGCGUUUACUGUGCCUUGGGAUAAGUUGCUAGUAGACAAGAUCUCUGUUGAAGUUCGAGAGUUGGAUGAAUUUAUAAAGUUUGAAAACGUGCUAUAUCUGAAAGUUGAUGCACAAGGUUAUGAUGCACAGGUGUUGUUUGGAGCCAGAAAAGCUAUACGAGAGAAGAGGAUAUCAUAUAUUAAUUUUGAAAUCUCACCCGGUUUAACUCCAGACCCUACUGUUUAUGCGGAAUUGCUUAGUUGGUUGGGGGAAUUUGGGUAUUUCUGCUUUGAUUGCAAGUUUUUCAAAGAACAGGGAUUAAGAGGAAAGUCUGAAAAUAUACUGAAGAUGCCGGUAGAAACAUUUAUUUCGACUCUGAACCAAACAAAGCUGCUCCAACGUGGAGUGAAUGUAAAGAAAUAUACUGAUAUGAUUUGCACACUGCUGUGA